GACAAGUUCUACUACCUCGCGAAAGAGCAAGGCUUCAGGUCGCGCGCGGCGUUCAAGCUCGUGCAGCUGAACCGCAAGUAUGACUUCUUCAGCGGCGCGCGCGCGUGCAUGGACCUGUGCGCCGCCCCCGGAGGCUGGCUCCAGGUUGCCGUGAAGUACAUGCCGAUGUCUUCCACCAUCGUCGGCGUGGAUCUGGCGCCCAUCAAAGCCAUACGCGGAUGCACGACGUUCGUGGACGACAUCACGACGCAGAGCUGCCGCGCGCAGCUCAAGCGCGUGACGCCCGACGGCGUGAAGUACGACGUCGUCAUGCACGACGGCGCGCCGAACGUCGGAGGGAACUUCGCGGCGGAGUCGUACACGCAGGCGGCCUUGACGUUGGAUUCGCUGAGACUCGCCACGGAGUUUCUGCGCGAGGGCGGUUGGUUCGUCACGAAAGUGUUUCGAAGCACGGAGUACCACGCGCUCCUGUACAGCAUGCAACAGCUGUUCAAGAAAGUCGAGAGCACGAAGCCCGUCGCGUCGAGAGGGACAUCCGCGGAGAUUUACGUCGUGUGCAUCGGAUACCUCGCCCCCUCGAAGAUCGACCCC